CCCUGACAGCCGCUGCAGGAAGAGGAAAGCUGGAAGUCUGCGAGUUGCUCCUGGAGCGAGGCGCGGCCGUGACGAGAGCCAACAGGAGGGGGGCGCCCCCGCUGCUCUGCGCCGUGCGGCAGGGGCACUGGCAGAUUGCUAAGCUUCUAGUGGAGCAUGGGUCUGACGUGAACUUAAGCGACAAGCAAGGCCGAACUCCACUUAUGGUGGCUUCUUGUGAAGGACAUUUGAGCACUGUGGAAUUUCUGCUUUCUGAAGGUGCAGCUAUUUCCUCUCUGGACAAAGAAGGACUGACAGCUUUGAGCUGGGCAUGUCUAAAAGGCCACAGGGAAGUGGUUCAGUAUUUGGUUGAGAAAGGCGCAACAACUGAUCAGACAGACAAAAAUGGACGAACACCCCUAGACCUGGCAGCUUUUUAUGGAGAUGCUGAUAUUGUGCAGUAUUUAGUAGAGAAAGGAGCAAUGAUUGAGCAUGUUGACCACAGUGGCAUGCGGCCCCUGGACAGAGCUAUCGGAUGUCGUAAUACGUCGGUAGUGGUUAUGCUGCUGAGAAAAGGAGCUAAACUAGGAAAUGCAGCAUGGGCAAUGGCCACCUCAAAACCCGAUAUUCUCCUUAUUCUGCUGCAGAAACUGAUGGAAGAAGGAAAUAUACUGUACAAAAAAGGUAAGAUGAAGGAAGCAGCGCAGCGCUAUCAGUAUGCCUUGAGGAAGUUUCCGAGGGAAGGAUUUGGAGAAGAAAUGAAAGCAUUCAAUGAGCUGAGAGUUUCAUUAUACCUAAAUUUAUCACGAUGUCGCCGAAAAACAAAUGACUUUGGUAUGGCUGAAGAGUUUGCUACCAAAGCAUUGGAUCUGAAACCCAAAUCUUACGAAGCCUAUUAUGCUAGAGCAAGAGCCAAGAGGAACAGCAGAAAACUACUUGCUGCUCUUGCUGACUUACGUGAAGCCACACAGCUGUGUCCUAGCAAUCAAGAGAUAAAACGUCUCCUGGCUCGAGUAGAAGAGGAGUGCAAACAGUUCCAGAGAACACAGCAACAGAAGCAUCAGUUGCCACAGCUACUCCAGCAAAUUAGCAACUCUGAUAAUGAGGAGGAGGGCAUUAUACAAGGUGUGAAUGAUAACUUUAACCUUCAGGACAGGGAGGAAGUACUGCCACACUCUGAUGAAUCUGUUCCCUCUCCACAAAGGCUGCAACGUUCCUUAGCUGCUUCCUCGUACAGCAGGACCCUACAAGAAAGUGCUCAGCAGAAAGCUAGAUCUGUGUCCCCUCAAAGCAGAACGGGCAAUAAGUAUCUGAGAGAGCCAGGCUUGAUCAUGCAGCCAACAAAGCAGGCACAGAUUGUAAAAACUAAUCAGCACCUGAGCUCUGUCCAGCCUGGAUCAAAAAUGGGAAGCAGUCCAUGUAAUACCAAGACACAAUCAUCUUUUCAGCAACUUCCCCAAAGUCCCUUGCCAGUCCGGCACUCUAAAAUUCAGCAUUUUGAUGGGACAAGCACAUUAUCGUCCGGCAGUGGCUCCACAGGUCCUAGUUCCGAACUGUACAAUGAGAAGUUUACGUCCAGCCAGUGUCCCCAUUCACAGCAUAGUGAGAAUCUCCCUUCUCAUUCUUUUGGAAGUAAGUCUAAAACCGCUGACAGGUUAACAGCCCCUGCUCAAAUGAAUUUCAGUGAAGCAAGGCAGCAAAGCCCUGCAGCCAGUGGUGUCUCUUCUAAUUCUCCAUCCAGCAGUAUGAUUCUUGCUAGCUCAACCAGCAGCUUAACUUCAGCCAGUAGUUUUUCAGAGAGUAUUAAGGGGCUAGGCCCAGAUGUUCGACUCAAGGAGAACAACAUGAAUCAGAUUCAGGGUGCUACUGCUGAACACAGACCUCGCAACACCCCAUUUAUGGGAAUCAUGGAUAAGACUGCAAGGUUCCAGCAGCAAAAUGCUCAAUCCAGUCGCACGUGGCACUCUCAGGCGUCAGAUGGAUUAUCAACAAAUGUUGCUUCUGGGGGCAUUCAGCCCUCAAAUUUUGAGCAGUUCUCAGUCAAACACUACCAAACUAAAAGUUCCUCUACUGGUGCUGCCCCAGGAGAUAGCAACCAGAAUGGCAUGCAAGCUAAAGAACAUGAGGAGCUUACAUGCCAAGUAUCUGCGUGCUGUCAAGACAACAGAGCACCUAAACAAGCUUCACAUUUGUACCCAGAUGCUGUGUCAAAACAGCAGUCUCACAUCGGUAAGGAAGGCCAUCUAAGUCACGUCACGUCCACAAAACCAAAGCGAUCAUGCAUUGAAUCAAAUGUAUGA